AGAGGGUCCGUCGGUUCACUACUUCCCGAGCGUUGAAGUUUCCUGUGGGUGUCGGCUGCACUUUCUCCCUUUAAAACUCUUUAUUAUGACUUUAGGGGGUACGAAUACGGCUAAUGGGUAUUCAGGCGGGGAUUACCUCUCCGAAGAAAGUGUGCUUCGUUCGUACCCUCUCUACCCGACAAAGAAGAGGAGAUGCUGCAACGUCAACGGAGACGGAUUCACGAUCAUCUCCGCUUGCUUCUGCAUCUUCACCACGGCGCUCACGAUCGCUUUCAUUGCGCAGCUCAAUUAUGGCAGUCCGCAGGUCACGCCCCACGGAGCUGUAUCGACCGACGAGGAGGAAUGCAGCCACGUGGGCAUCACCGUCAUGAGGGACGGUGGCAGUGCAGUUGAUGUUGCAAUUGCGUCGAUUCUCUGCAUGACUGUAGUGCAUCCGCAUGCAGUGGGACCGGGAGGGAGCGGCGUGAUGCUGGUGCACGACCACAAGACCAACUCGUCCACCGUCGUCGACUUCAUGAGCGGCGUCCCUCGCUCGCACCGCGCGGAGGAGGCCCAGCCGCUGCCCACAGAUGGCCGGAGCAUCGGCGUGCCCGGCCUCCUCCGCGGGCUGGAGUACGCGCACGCCAAGUUCGGAAAACUUCCCUGGCGAAAACUGUUCCAGCCGAGCAUUGACAUCGCGAGGAAGGGCUUCGUCGUCUCGGCCCACCUGGAGGAGGCCCUCGGGAAAUCGAACGUGACUCAGGUGGACGGCGUGACGGAGUUCGACAAGACGUUCUUCCCCCGAGGCAUCAUGCUGAAGAAGGGCGCCUUCAUGCAGAGGGAGAACUACGCCGAGUUCCUGGAGGUGGUGGCCAAGCACGGCGCUGAUAGUUUCUAUGCGCUAAAUUUCGGCGUAGAGGAGAUGGAAGCCCUUCAAGAAAAUGGCGCCGAAAUCCAUGUGAAAGAUUUUGAAGAUUAUGAGCCCCGAGAACGCCCAUGCAUACACAUGUCACUGAAUAACAUGUCCGUGUUCACCGCACCAGCGCCUUUCGGAGGACCGCAGUUACUGACGGCCUUGCAACUCCUUCGCAACACGAAUUUAACGACGCAUUUGCCGCUGUCGAAUUUCUACCACUCCUUUAUUGAAGCCAUUAGGAGGAGCUACGCCGGUUUCGUCGGUUUAGGUAAGAAGUCGACGUCCACCGAAUGGAUUGAUCAAACGGUCACGGCAGCCGACCCUAAUGUCUUCCGACUUCCUGAACAGACGGCUUCUUCAGUGUCUGUUAUAGAUACUUUUGAUCGAUAUGUUACUCUGAUUGCUGGCCUUGGAACCUAUUUUGGGUCCCGCGUGAUGACCAAGAGCGGGAUUCUCUUCAACAACCAUCUGUCCAACAUGCCUCCUCACAGCCACCCCGACAGCGAGCACUUUUCACACGCCAGACCUCUUAAUACUUACACGCCUGUUAUUAUCACAGACGUUCAGCAGGUGUGUGGGAUGAGAGCGGUGCUGUCAAGUCCAGAAGUGGGAGCAAUGAUCCAGGUGAUAAGUCAGUUGCUGCUCCGAGGCCAGAACCUCACCCAGGCCAUUGAACAGCCGAGAAUUACCAUCAGACCAGGACUAGACCAAGUCUUUGUUGAAGACUUGGGUACCAUCGACCGUCUGCCAGGAACCGUAAGAAAUGACCUUCUAACAAUGAACCACACACUCCAGAUCCUACACCUCCCAUACUCUAGUGUCAAUGGGGUUUCCAAGACCAAAGAUAAGUUGGUGUCUCGUUCUGAUGCCCGUGGAGGUGGGGUUGCGCAUAGGCUGGAACCUGCCUCGACACAUACUGUUAAUAUUACAACAGAUCUUUGAUUUUAAAUGCCAAUGGCACCUGAUAUUUACCUAUACUCUUUUGUGCCUCUUACACCAAACCUUUAACUAUACAAUAACUAUCUAUUACACCAAACCUUUAAAUAAACUGUAAGCACCUUUCACACCAGACUUUAACUAUUGUAUGGGUACCAAUUACACUGGGACAUAACUACAAAGGAGUGUCACUUUUAUUUGACUUAACUACACAGAAGCUUUAUCUGUAGAGCCUACAACAAUAGACCUUCAGAUGAAUGCCAAUUUCACAGCAGACUUUUAACUACAUUGUAUGCAACUAGUGCACUAGAUCUUUAACUAUAUAUUAGCACUUGUUUCAUUAUAUAAUAUAUAUUGUGGAUAUAAAGGCACACUUAUUGUUUUAAUCUACUGUUAUUAAAAUGUAUUUAUGUAUAGUUUUUAUUUAUGAAUUUAUUAAAAUAAUUUUACCUUAUAUAACCCAUUCCUUUUUCCAUACACUAAAUCCUUGAACCGAUUGAAAAUGCAAAAAUAUAUAUCUUGAAAUAUUGUGUGUAUUUGUUGGGACAUUAAAACAAGAAACCCUAAAAGUAUGUUUAGAAUUUGUUAUAUGAAAAAUAUUCAUUGCACUUGAAAAUCAAGCUUUAGGUUAGUAUAAAAAUGUGAAAUGCAAAAAUCGAGGCAGCAGUAAAACAUUUUUUCAUCCUGCUCUGUUUGUAAUUUCUGACAGAUGGAGAUGGAAUUGGUAUUGCAUUCAGCAUUCAGAGAAGCGAAGGUGAUUUUUUUUUACUCCCCCCCCCCCCCCCCCCACAUUUUCUCUUAAAAAAUAGAAAUGUGAAGAAAAUACUUUUUGAUAAUGCAGCAUCAAGAAAAAAAUCAAAAUAAAGGUGAAACAAAUUCAGCCAAACCACACUUUGUGGUUAAGAUGACCAAUUUUUGACUUGGUAUUACUUUGCUAAUUUAGUGUUAUAGUUUUUGUUUAUUUUAUUUUUUUUUUUUUUACAUACAGAUGUCUCUACAUGUGCUCGGCCAGCAAGGAGCCUAUCAGUAGCCCUAGUGACCGUUCCUGAUUUCCUUAUUCCUUGAAUUGGUGGGAAAAUCUGUUUUUCUUUUUAAUACAAUCAAUAUCAAUACUGUUAUUACUGUUAUUGAUGUUAUGAUUUUCAAGUUGUUAUUAGAAUCUUGGUAACAUUUAAGACAAUGAAAUAAUGCAAAAGAACCUUUCAAAAAGUCAAGGAAGAGAGUAAAUAGGGGAGAUAGGUACGAUAAUAACCGACUCUUUGGUGACUAAGUACUUGUAGAGCCAUCUGUGUAAAUACUUUCAGAUAUAUAUAUAUUGCAUUUUUGCUAAUGAAGUCAGGGUAUGUCUCCUACAUUUAAGGAGUGUUUAGGACUUGACGACUGGUCCACUUUUUAAUUUUAUUUUUGCUUAUUCUUCUCACUAAAUUGAAAAUAUAACAUCUUUAGAAUUCAAGAUCUCGAGCAGUUGAGCAUAGAAUGAUGAGCAGAAAAAAUCCUUUAAGUACCAUCAAAUGGUCUUUUCAAGAGGUAAAUGCAUUACUUUGUCAAUAUAUAUAUUAAUUUAUUAUGUAAUAUACAACUCAAGUAUAUGGAAAGUUUCAUAUAUUGAUUCAUAAGAAAAUGAGACACACUUACCAGCCAGCAACACUUAUUAUUUUUAAAAUAUCGUCCGUGAACUUCCACCAUAAAAUGGGUCAUAAAUACCCAACCAAGAGGACUUCAGACAGCAGCAAACUCCACUAUGAUUUCCCCUUUCUAAGCAUACUUGGGAAACUCUCUACAUUACUCAACAGUUUAGAUAUCCCAGCUCAAUUGGGCAGAUGACUUUUCAGUAAAUUUGACUGCUAGCAUCACUGACACCAUUUCAUUUACACCCCCCCCCCCCAUGUUUUUUGAGAAAAUGCCAUGUUAAGCAUAAAUUUCUGCAAUUAUGUUCUGACCACCUUACCUCUAAUAUCUUUGUUCACCCUAGUUGAAAGGCAUUCUGACAUUUUGUGGUGGAAUCACACCUAUCAUAAUCAAUACUAGAGGUUUAUAAAAAAUUCUGAUUAUCGGCACUGCUUGCUAAGGGUUAAAAAAAAAGAACAUUUACACUGUUAGGUCUCCAUAUUUCAAAACAGAAAAAAAAAGAAAAAUACAAGCAGCUGAUACAUAAGAAAAAUUAAUGCACUUACAAGUUGCGAAUAACCAAUUAUAAUUUGUGAAGGUAUAAAAUCAAAAGAACGAAAACCAAGGUGAUUGUUUAUUGAUAUCAAAAUGAAGGCCGAGAAGGCAAUCAGGAACUUGAUGCCUUACAGAAAAAGGGGAGGGAAAUAUUGUGUAAAUAUUUUGAAAAACUGCUAUAAGUAAUUGUAGUUGUACGGUUUUUCCUAUAUUCAGUCUUGUUCUGUACUUGCACUGCUAUAACAAGGAAUAUGCACACUUUUCUCAUGGCAGUCAUAUGUUCUCCAUGUGUGCUAGUUUGAACUUCUUUCAGAUGGCUUUACAAAAGAUUCUGCAUAGGGUUAUUACGAAAUCCUUGUCUAUUACUUUUCUUCUUCCUUUUUUUAUUUUUUUUAGUUUAUCUUUUGUUUCUUGAGCAGAAUUAUAUAUGCAGUAAGUAAUACUUCUUUUACAGUGAGAUUUACAUUACCCUGAAAUGUUGAAUAAGCUCUUCAAUGGGUUACACGGGAUCUUCCUAAAAAGUACCAAAAAUGACACACAUUUCAAAAAAAUUUAUAGUGACACUGUUAUCAUGAAUUACUAAAUAAAGAUAUUUUAAAAGAGAGGAGAAGAGAGAGUGUGCGAGAGAUUUGUGAAGUACAUAUCACAAAUUUCACCAUAUCAAAAGGCAAGACCAAGAGAGAAUGGUCAUGCCAGAGCCUCUGCAAGUACAAUGGGUAAUUUGUCAUUGUGCCCUCAUGCAGUCGGCUCAAUUCCUGGCUCGGUCAGGAGUGCCGUCACGAGACAAAAGUUACCGGUGUUUGGAAAAGAUCACAGUUGUGUACGUCUAAUUCUAUUGGCCAUAUAAAAGGGGGGGAAAUGGUGAAGUUAUAUAGAAAAAGAAAUCUAAAUGUAGAAAAAAGUAAACAAAUAAAAGGGAUCAACUGACAGGUCUUUAAUAGUCACUUUGGGCCCGUAAAUGAACUUAAAUAAAAAUAAAGAAGUUUUACAUAACACAAUCACUGGGCAUUACAUGAAUAUCAAACAAUCACUGGGAUAUAUAUGUAAUUUUUUGUUUUUUUUUGUUUUAAUAAGCUUUCGUUUCUUUGUUUUUUUUUAUACAGCAUAACCACGUAAAAAUUAUUCACACAAAAUCAAAAAAAAAUUUAAAUCACAUUCCAAAUAUAUGGAAUAAAUUAUUUCCACUUUUAUUCCCAUGUCCAUUGCGUGGAAGACAUGCCCAAAACGGAGACUAAGCAAUAAUCACUCAUGAAUGAAAAUCAUAAUUAUCUUUUUUUUUUAACAUUCACACUUACUAAAAUUACAAAAAGAUGUUGAUGUUUAGGAACAUUAAAAAUAGAUACAAUUCCUGAAUUAUGGUAAAUCAUGUAAUAUAUGGGCUGUGUCUGUCUGUCUUUUUCUUUCUUUUUUUCCCCCUUUCCAUUUUUUUCUCUUGCAUAUAAAAAAAAGGCAGUGAAGUUUUGAUGUCUUAAUGGAUGCUUUUACUAUAUUGCCAGAUACCUUUUUUUUUCUUUUCUUUCUGUGAAUCACAUUGGAAAUAUUUGAUAUCCCAUCAUCUAUCUUGGCAACAUGCUUUCUCCGAGUUCAUUAUAUUCUCAAAGCAAACCGCAUCCUCCCUUCUAAGAUUGGCACAAGAAUUUUUACUAUUACGAAAAAUACAUCAGCCCUUCGAAAUGAAUGACAUGUUACAGCUGUUAUGCAGUAAUGAUGAAAGUCUCAGGGCUACUAGUAUCAAAAAUAAGUUAAGAGGAUAUAUACUAAAAACAACCUUUUUUUUUCUCUCUCUUUUGAUAUAACAGACUAUGUAUCAACUAAUUCAAUAUCUCUGCACUGUAGGACAAACUCUGGUGGGACGAACUAAGCUCAUAGCCCUUACUCUCUCUCUUUUUAUUUUUUAUUUUUUUUAAUCCCAACAUCCCGUUUGUUUUCUUUGCCUUUCUUUAGUAGUUUCAAGUGCACGACGGUUAGCACCUAAUGGGUGUGGGGAAUGUACAACAGUUAAACUAUGUACUUUUGAGUACCUCGUAGGUCUUGCCAAAACACAUACCCCAAAGGAUGUGCUCAAAGGAUGGUUAUGGAUAUAGUUUUUUUUGUUUUUUUUUUCAUAUUAUAAAUGCAUUUCCCA